GAUUACUGAAUAGCAGCAGGCGGCUCGAAUUCAACGUAGCUAAAUUUCUGAUUCUUGUGACGUCAUCAACGUCAUCUUCGCAUGGCUCACGCAAACAAACCUUGAACCCUUUCUCUCCCUCGCCACACCCUCCUUCCCUCCGUUUCUUUACACACACCAUGUCUCACGUCGUCACUCUUCCCGGCCUAACAGUAACAACCUCUUCUUCUUCUUCUUCUUCUUCCUACCCACAUAUUCAUUCAUUAACAACCACAAGACUUUGCAGUAAAGUCAGAGUCUCUGCACAGUUUAAGAGCCAUGACUCCACACCUAUUGAUUUCUGCGACCCUGAUUGGAAACACAAGUUCAAGCAAGACUUCCAGGAACGCUUCAGCCUCCCCCACGUCACUGAUAUCUUCCAUGAUACUCCUCCUAUGCCCUCCACUUUCUGUCUCCAACAUAGAACUCCCAUGGUUAGAGACUUUGCUGGCUCAAAUCCUUCUAAAGAAUGGCGUGGAUACAUUAAUGACAAUGACAGAGUUCUGCUCAAGACAAUAUAUUAUUCGUCAUCUACAUCAGCUGGUGCUGAGUGCAUUGAUCCUGGUUGUAGUUGGGUAGAACAAUGGGUUCAUCGAGCUGGACCUCGAGAAAAGAUAUACUUUAAACCAGAAGAAGUAAAGGCAGCAAUUGUCACUUGUGGAGGGCUCUGCCCUGGCCUUAAUGAUGUCAUCAGACAGCUUGUUAUCACACUUGAAGCUUAUGGUGUAAAAAAGAUUGUGGGUAUUCCUUUUGGUUAUCGCGGUUUUUCGGACAAAGAGUUUUCAGAAGUGCCGCUGUCAAGGAAUGUAGUUCAGAAUAUUCAUCUUUCCGGUGGAAGCCUCUUGGGAGUUUCGCGCGGUGGACCUGCUGUAAAUGAAAUUGUGGACAGUUUGGAGGAAAGAGGCAUCAACAUGCUCUUUGUGUUGGGUGGAAAUGGAACACAUGCUGGUGCAAAUGCAAUUCACGAUGAGUGCCGUAGAAGAAGGUAUAUGGUAUCUGUAAUUGGAGUGCCUAAAACUAUAGACAAUGAUAUUCUAUUGUUGGAUAAAACUUUUGGCUUUGAUACUGCGGUCGAAGAAGCCCAAAGAGCAAUAAAUUCUGCAUAUAUUGAGGCACAUAGUGCAUAUCAUGGAAUUGGCAUUGUGAAAUUGAUGGGUCGUAGCAGCGGAUUCAUCGCAAUGCAUGCUUCCUUAGCUAGUGGCCAGAUUGACAUAUGUCUUAUACCUGAGGUUCCUUUCAAGUUACAUGGACAGAAUGGAGUUUUAAGUCAUAUGAAGCACCUUAUAGAAACAAAGGGAUCAGCUGUAAUCUGUGUUGCAGAGGGAGCUGGACAGGGUUUACUUCAAAAGACUCAUGCUACGGAUGCUUCAGGGAAUGCUGUAUUAGGAGACAUUGGUGGAUAUAUUCAACAAGAGACAAGAAAGUAUUUCAAGGAGAUCGGUAUUCAUGCAGACAUAAAAUAUAUCGAUCCAACAUACAUGAUCCGUGCUUGUCGAGCAAACGCUUCCGAUGGAAUUUUAUGUGCAGUACUUGGCCAAAAUGCUGUUCAUGGUGCAUUUGCAGGGUAUAGUGGCAUCACAGUAGGGACAUGUAACACACACUAUGCUUACUUUCCCAUCACAGAAGCAAUAUCUCAUCCAAGGUUGGUGGACCCUAAUAGUAGAAUGUGGCACAGGUGUUUAACUUCAACAGGCCAACCAGAUUUCUUUUGAUUUAACUUUCCAUUUUUAAUAAUAGAUUCAACAGUCUUGGGAAUUCUAAGCUUCCAAAAGAGUAUAUUAUUCUGUAGGAGAUAGGUUUCAAAGUAUUUUUGGUUAAUUAAUCAACCCCAAUAUAUAUACAUAGGUCAAAAUAAUGCAAAUGAUACAUUUAAAUUUCCUUCAUAUUUUUAAAUUUGAUUAUUUGUAUAGGAAUUUUAGAGUCCUGCCAAUUUCAUUCAAAAUAAAAUGUGAGAGGAAUCAAUAACCAAGCAAAUAUUUGCUUGAUUACUUCUUUUUUUCAGUCAUUUGUGACAUUUGUUGUAACCUAUAUUUGGGGUUCAAAUUAAAUGGGAGUAGAUAGCAGAAUAACUUGUCAUUUGUA